CUGGAGAUCUGCCUCGUCUUCCAUCUGCGCCAAUUCCCCGAUGCUGGCGCUCGUGGCGUCUCUUUUCACACUCAGCGGCAUCUCUGCUGCCCUCUCUGCUGAUAUCAGCUCAGCAGCAGCCUCUCUCGGCAGGCCCAUCCAGGCGCACCAGAGCGCACCCCCGCCUUCCACUGAGUCAUGGCGGCCCUGGGUAGACAUCGGUGAUCCCAACUCGAGCCCGUGCCCGCAGCUGAGGGGGGAUGCAUCGCAGCGGUGCGGCUCACCUGCACUGCCCUCAAACAUCGGGGUGGACGAGGAUGCUGCUCUCAGGUCAGUCAGACCUGAACAUGCAGUCGCGUAUCGUAUUGUGACGGCAGCUUCUGAUCUUCUGUGCAGGGCGUCGAAGUUCCCCAUCCCGCCCGACGAGCUGAUCAACCUGGCGAAGUUCUUUCUCGUUAAGAACCUCUGGAACAUCACAGUACCAGGUAAGUGUGUGGCAUGCGACGAGUCAGCUGCAAAUGCACACGUGGGGAGGGAUACUUGCACGGCCGCGUGUCGCAAAUUCGCUCAGAUUUGAUAGCGGAUGACUUCGUGUUCACCGGCCCGUUUGUGGGUCCGUUGACCAAGUGGGAGUUGGCGGCCGCCCUCGACGGCUUCCAGCUGAUGGCCGCAUUCCCAGACCUCCGAACCAACGUGUACAACUUCAGGUCAGGCGGGGCGGCCACCGAGACAGACAGACAGACAGACAGGCAGACGGAUCACUUGAUGCGAGCGACUGGCUGGCUGGCUGGUUGGCUGGCUUGCUGGGUGGCCUGGCUUGUGUGUGGCUGUAGGGUUGACCCCCUGGAGCCGAACAAAGUGUGGUAUUUUAGCCGUGCAGUCGGUAAGUAAGGAGGGGCGAGUCCGCCUGACUGGCCAAAUGGGCUGACUGAGUGCGGUUGAAUGCAAUGCAUGGGUAUGGGAUGGGUCCUUUGCCCAUGCAGGCACCCACAUCGGCACCCUCCGGCUGUCGCAGCUUUCAUUCAGUAAGACCAAACGAAUCAGACAUCAUUCGGGUGCCCACCACCACAUAGCUGCUGUCCUUGUGUGUGUGUGUGUGUUGUGUGUGUUGUGUAGUUGGGAACGCCCGGCCGACGGGCAAGACAGUUCGUGUGUCCCCCCAGUGCUGCAGCCUCACCUUCAACGAAGACGGCAAAGUCACCAAAUGGACCAUCGGGUACCAGUGCAGUGCAGUGCAGUGCAGUGCACUGAUUGGGCACUCAACUCACUUACACGGUUAUGUGCAGUGCAACUGAAGUGCAUUCACUGGUUUGCUGAACAGGUAUGUGAUUGACAAAACUGCGGGGGACACCGGCACCUUGGGCGGCAUCUUGGCCUUCUUGUACGGCAUCGGCAAGCCAUUCCCGGGCCCGGAAGGCAAACCCUGGAAGCCAUCCUUCAAAUACAAGUCAGACACCUGAAGGAAGCAAGGCGUCGUGUGUGAUGUGAAGAGAAGGUCCUUUGGUGUGUGUGUGUGUGUGUGUGGUUUCUGCAGGCUGCUCAUGCGGCUGGCUGCAAUGCAGAAGCAGAAGCAGCAGCAGCAGAAGAACAAGUGACGACACCAUGUGCUUGCUGGUGUGAGAGGCGAUGCUGCUCGAGCCAGGAAGGUUUUUCUGUCUAUCUGUGUUGAUUUAUGUCCUCUGUCUGUCUGAGUGAUGAGAUAGAUAGAUGAGUGUGAGGGGGCCUACACGGCCAUGGAUGCGGUUCU